AUGGAUCAUAGCUUCAUAGGCAUGAGUGGCGGCCAAAUUUUCCAUGAAAUGAUGCUACGGCAUAAUGUCAAACACGUUUUUGGAUAUCCUGGAGGCGCGAUCCUACCGGUAUUCGACGCCAUCCACAACUCGAAGCAUUUCGACUUCAUCCUACCGCGACACGAACAGGGCGCAGGACAUAUGGCGGAAGGAUAUGCACGAGUAUCAGGGAAGCCGGGAGUGGUCUUAGUGACAUCGGGACCAGGGGCAACGAACACGAUCACGCCGCUGCAGGAUGCCUACAGCGAUGGGACGCCGUUGAUAGUCUUCACGGGACAGGUGGCAACGAGCGCGAUCGGAAGCGAUGCGUUCCAGGAAGCCGAUGUGAUCGGGAUCAGCCGCAGCUGCACCAAGUGGAACGUGAUGGUCAAGGAUGUCAGCGACCUCCCCCGGCGGAUCAACGAGGCCUUCAAGAUCGCCACCUCUGGCCGUCCAGGCCCUGUCUUGGUCGACCUCCCCAAAGACAUGACCGCCGGCAUCCUCCGUACUCCCAUCCCUCUCAAAUACACUCAACCGGACCUCAUCGAUCGGGUCCUGCCCUCCAACCCCCUUAGAUCUCGACCUUGGUCAUCCCCUGCCGAUUCCACUCCGAAUUCUAAAUCAGCCCCUUUCGAAACACGCGAGCUACGCCAAGCAGCCGACAUGAUCAUCAACGCCAAACGCCCGGUUAUCUAUGCCGGUCAAGGCAUCUUAUCUUCCGAUGAGGGCCCAAAACUCCUCAGACAACUCGCCGAUCAGUGGAAUAUCCCCGUGACUACUACCCUCAUGGGAAUGGGCGCUUUCGAUGAGGAGGACCCCAAAAGCUUACACAUGCUCGGCAUGCACGGCUCGGCCUAUGCUAACUUGGCCAUGCAGGACGCCGAUGUCUUGAUUGCUCUCGGAGCUCGGUUCGAUGACCGUGUGACUGGGAAAGUUAAUACUUUUGCGCCUCAUGCUUUGGCCGCUGCCCAACAGGGACGAGGAGGGAUCAUUCACUUCGAGAUCCAACCGAAGAACAUCAACAAGGUGGUCCAAGCGACAUGUUCAGUCGAAGGGGAUGUGGUCCAAAGCUUGACGCAUCUGCUGAACAUCCUGCCAGCGCGGACGAGUCCGCCGGAGCGAACAGAGUGGCGGGCGACGAUCCAGGGGUGGAAGGAGAAAUAUCCGUUCGUGUACGAGUCGUCGGGGAAGAGCGAAGCGAUCAAGCCGCAGGAGGUGAUCGAGGCGCUCAACGACUGGUCCAAGGCCGUCCCGGGACGCAAGGAUAAUUUGGUGAUUUCUACCGGCGUCGGCCAACACCAGAUGUGGGCCGCCCAGCACUAUCGUUGGACCGCCCCACGCUCGAUCGUCACCUCCGGAGGACUCGGUACUAUGGGAUACGGGCUCCCCGCCGCCAUCGGCGCUAAGGUCGCACGCCCUGAUAAGUUCGUCGUCGAUAUCGACGGGGACGCUUCCUUCUCUAUGACCGCUAUGGAGCUCGCUACCGCUCACGAAUUCAAUAUCGGAGUCAAGGUCAUCGUCUUGGACAACGAAUUCCAAGGUAUGGUACUCCAAUGGCAAGACCUGUUCUACGAAUCAAGAUACUCGGGGACUCGAAUGACCAAUCCAGAUUUCGCUCAAUUGGCCAAAGCGAUGCGAUGUCAUGCGAUUUACUGUGAUCAAAAGGAAGACUUGAAGGCGAAGAUUGACGAGUUGAUGGCUUUUGAUAACUCGAGACCGGUCUUACUUCAUGUCAAAGUCACCGAUAAGGAGCAUUGUUUCCCUAUGGUCCCAGCUGGAAAAGCCUUACACGAACAAAUCUUACAUCCGAUCCUUAGAAACAAGGCUUCUUCUUGA